UGCUCGAGUAAAGUCCAUCAUUAGCUCGUGGGUAAAUUGCCCAAUCGGCUGACUCACGACAUCUUGAAGUUUGUAUGGUCGUACCCUAAAUCUGCCGCAAUCAAACGCUCAAGGCAACAAUCACUUGUUCCCACAUCUGCCAUUUCCGGCUUCACCUGCGUAGUCCCUAAGUGGUUUUGCCACCUACUAUUUGCAACUGAGAAGUCAGUGGACGAACUGAGCAACUGUAUAUGGUGCCGGCGCCGUGGCUCACGUUGCUCGCGUUGACGGCGGCUGCUGCCGCUCCGUCGAUGACUCAGGCGCAAGAUCCAUCCACCUUCGGUACGCUGCUGAGCUGCGACGACGCACGCUGUCUGUGGGCAGACCGGGAUGGUAUCGCAGUGCCCUCGGACACGAUGGUGACACAGUUUUUGCAAGACGAAGGCAUGGACGCAGGCCGGAGCGAGUUUCGGCGCAGAAUGGAGGCGCGCGUAGACUACCUCGAACAAGUCCAAAAGCACGCCGCUGACCGGGACUGGGCCUUCUCGUACACUAUGGGCGUCAACUCAAGGCAUUUGUACCAUGAUGGUAGUCGGAUGUUGUCGCCUGCAGAUUUUGUGCAGCAGGAACAUCGCGCGGCGCAGCGUCAACAGCAACGCAGACUGACAGAGCAGCGCAGACUCACCAACUCAACUCUCGACGUUCGCGAGACACUAGACUGGUGCUCGACGGACAAUCCGCAGAACCAGAGCAUCUGCACUGAUGUUAAGAGUCAAAACCAAUGUGGUAGUUGCUGGGCCUUUGCAGCAGCAGACGCCAUCGAAACGGCAGUGGUGGUGAAUACAGGAACGUCGCCUCGUUCACUGUCUCCGCAGCAGUUCUUGGAGUGCAGCUCCAGGGAGAUGACGGCUACGUUUGACUACUGCUGGGCUGAUGAGGGCGUAGAUGGAUCUUCUUGGUUGCUAACGAAAAUGAUCUGGGGUUCCAGGAAUAAUGCGUGUAAUGGAGGCAUGACCCACGCUGCUUUCGCCGACGCAGCGCAAUUGCACUGGUCGUUAUUGAGCCAAUUGGACCUACCAUACAACGAAGAGGACACCUCACAGGCAUCCGCUGCUACUCUAGCAAACGCAUGUGAUAACUCGUCAACGGACAAUGCUGCAGCUAGCAUUGCUGGUUGGGAGCAAGUCGCGGGACCUUCUUGCGAUGAGAGCAGCGACUCGACCGAGUUACUCAAACUGGCAUUACAGCAACAGCCUAUUUCAGUGGCUAUCAACUCUGGUGGCUCUUUUGAUGCGUACAAGGGCGGUAUUUAUACGUGCCCGAACGAUGGAGACUUCGCAUCAAGCGGAGACAUUAACCACGCCAUCGUGCUCGUCGGCUAUGGCUCGGACGGUACCACAGACUAUUGGAUUCUCAAGAACUCUUACGGCGCGUCAUGGGGAGAGAAAGGUUUUCUUCGGCUCGCAAUGGACUCGAAGAUUAAUUGCGGGCUCAGUGUUUUCGCUGUGAUUCCUACCGGAGCAAUAGCUGGUGCUGCCCACACGGCCGUAGAUGGAGGGGGUGCAGUUGAGUUUGUUGGAAUGUCUCCUGAUAGCUGGAUUGUUUGUGGCAUUGCAGUAGCUGUCGUCACGCUCUUCCUCACCGUGAUUGGAGUCAUCUACGCCAGCCGCCAGCGCAACGCCUUCAAGGAGACGCUGUAAAUUAUAUCAAUGUCGUGAAUUAGUGCCACGAUAGCCAAAAAUUCCACAGAAACACCGAUGAUCAAGACAAGAAAUGAAAUUGUAAGUCUAAAUAACAAUAGAUCAGUAGCUCACGACACCACA